AUGGGAGCUCUUGGCUUCAAUCGGACGAGGUGCAAAGCAAAUUGGGUAGAAAUUGCAAAGCUGGCGGUGAAAUUUAGCCCUCGUCGCCACGAUUAUGAUGAGCUCAAGGAAUCGCCCUCUAAGACAUUGUCUAUCUUGUACCCGCUCGUCGGAAGGCUUCUUGAAGAUGGAUCAACAAUCGAGUGCAACGAUGAGGGCGCGGAAUUCGUCCGAGCUCAUGUUACAAAUUACGAUUUGGGUGAGUUUCUCUGGCACCCGAAGCUUGAAGAUCUACAGCAGCUGCUUCCAUUUGAACCGUACCCAGACGCUAUUGAUCCGGCCAUGCCAAUGUCAGCUGUUCAGGUGAACAGGUUCCGGUGCGGCGGAACUGUGGUGGGGUUCUUCAAUUUGUACAGAUGUUUGAAUAGGGGAAAGCUGAAAUACAGAUUAUCUCAUUUUGUUUCAAAUGUGUUCUUUUUCAAUUUCCAGAGACGACGAACUGCAGUUGAUGAACUAAACAUGAGAAGUAUAUUUGAGGAGCAUGAUGUUGUUUGUGCCGAAGUUCGUGGUUUCCAGCAUGAUGGUAGUCUGCACCUGCAAGCUAGAAGCCAGAAAUAUGGAAAGCUCGAAAGGGGUCAGCUGCUCAUAGUUUCUCCUUAUCUAGUGAAGAAGCGUAAACAGCAUUUCCAUCAUCUGGAUCAAUAUCAAAUUGACUUGAUACUUGGCUGCAAUGGCUUCAAUUGGAUCGGUGAGCAUGUUGAUGUAAAAGAUGACACAAUAGAAGAUCCCAGUACCAAAUCUAGCACUUCAAUGGUCCUCGAGGAAGAGGAAAAGUAUACUUCCCCAGAAGUCAGGUUAAAUGUAUGCAGGAUAGCAAAUGCCAUCAGAGUAUUAUCUAAUUUAGGGUUUAUGAUAACUGUGGAGGUGCUAUUGGAGACAGUUGGCUUGAGCGAGUCACUGAAUCAUGUACACGAGAUGCUUGGGGCAGAGUUCUAUGUAAUGGUUGCCGAGAAAGAAGCUGAAAGACGACGAAGCCAAUUGACCAAAAAAAGAUGAUUUUUUUGUUUGUUUGUUUGUGUUUUAUGUCUAGCUGAAUUGUUGUUAGAAUGAGGUCUCAAUGUAGUUUUGGGGAUGAUUCUUUUAUUUUACAGAUUUAGUUCUGAUGACCAGAAACUAAUUUAAUUAUAUGAGCUUAAAGACAGUUUCUUUAAGCUCACAACAAUUAGGUAAUUUAAGCAAUUAUUCAUUGAGACAAA